CUCAAGAGAACACUGCAUUUGACCUGAGGCCGUGGAGAAAGCUUCCAAAACUGAUUGGCAGCACUGGGAUUGUGGGUGUGGAGCUUGAGCCCAGACACAGGUGGAUCCGACUGGCUGUCAGGACCAAACAAUCCACCAUGAUCCAACCAAGAGCUCACUCAGGCACCUCCUGCGCUGCACUUUAAGAUGAAAGAUGAAAUUGCUGCCACGGUUUUUUUCAUCACGAAGCUGGUGAAGAGGGAAGACAGGCUGAGCAAGCACAAAGUGGAGAAGUUUGCAGCGAAGCUGACCACGGUCCUGUUUGAAAAGUACAAAAACCACUGGUACCUGGACAACCCAUCCCGAGGCCAGGCCUUCAGGUGCAUCAGGAUCAACAAACACCAGGCACGGGAUCCCCUGCUGGAGCAGGCUUGUGUGGAGAGUGACGUGGACUUCAGCCUGCUGGGCCUGCCCAAGGAGAUGACGCUGUGGGUGGAUCCCUUCCAGGUGUGCUGCAGGUACGGCGAGAGGAGCCGGCCCUUCACCGUGGCACGCUUUGAUGGGGAGGAGAACCCCGAGCUGCCCCAGCAGAUCAGCCUUGCCGUGGGCAGGGCAGCCCUGGACUAUCACUCCAGCACCUCCUCGGAUGAGGAGAGCUUCAGCAGGGAGCCCAGAGCCAUCCCCACCGUCAGCAACCCCAACAGCAUCUACCAGUUUGGUGACUUCUGCAAGGCUCCCCCCCAGCCCUGGUGGCAGUACCUGCACAGGAAGCCCCACGUGCCCGAGGGCUCCCACUUUGGCCAGCACAGGGGCUACAGGAGCUACAAGCCCACGGCCACCUUCGCUGGCCCACGAGUGGACAGGUACCACUGGAUCAACACCAAGAGGUAG